AUGAGCACCUAAUAAAAACCUUAAUUAGUUUAAACUUUCGGCAGAAAAAAAAAUGCAGUAGCUGUAGCAUCAGUAAGACCCGGAAAAGGUUUACUUAAAGUAAACGGAUCUCCCGUUGAUUUGGUAAAUCCAUAACUUUUACAAUCAAAAAUUUGGGAACCCCUUCUUUUACUCGGUUCAUAGAGAUUCGCAAAACUCGACAUUAGAAUUAGAGUGAGAGGAUCAGGUUAUACUUCUCAAAUUUAUGCUAUUAGAUAAGCAUUAUCAAAAGGAGUUGUUGCUUACCACUAAAAAUUCGUAGAUGAAAACUCUAAAAGAGAAAUUAAAGAGUAAUUAAUGCAAUAUGAUAGAUCACUUUUAGUAGCUGACCCAAGAAGAAUGGAGGCAAAGAAAUGUGGUGGUAGAGGUGCAAGAUCAAAAAUGCAAAAAGCUUAUAGAUGA